AUGUCCACCUUUGAUGACGACGAGGCCCUCUUUGAGGAUAUCUACGCCGAUGAACCCGAAGCUCCAUCUAAACCAGAAGUCAACGAGGCAGUGGUAAAGGACGACGUGCCAGAAACCAAGGACACCUCUGCUCCAGAAGACACUCAGAACACCCCAAACACCCACGAAGAAACUCCAGCCCAGUCCCACCCUGAAACCCAACCAGAAGGCGAGAACAGCCAGCAACAAAACCAACCUCCACAAGAUGCACAAUACGGCCAGCCACAGGGCCAAUCGCAGUACGGAGCACCACCUCCAGCUCCUAGCCACGGAGGACAAGCCAUGCCUCAGUUCCCUGGCCAGCCUCAAUUUGGCCAAGGAUUCCAGCAAACACCACCACCACCUCCCCCAGUGGUCCACCAGCCAUCCAACAUCGGCAAGGAAAGCGGAAAGAUGUUCAUCGGAGGUCUCAAUUGGGAUACAAGUGAAGAAGGCUUGGUGUCAUACUUUUCCAAGUAUGGUGAAGUGCUUGACUACACCAUUAUGAGAGACAACAACACUGGAAAAUCUCGUGGUUUUGGUUUCUUGACAUUCAAGGAUCCCAAGUCCGUGGACGAGGUCAUCAAGACAGACCAUAUCUUGGACGGUAAGCUUAUCGACCCGAAGAGAGCCAUUGCCAGAGAAGAGCAAGACAAGGUCGGCAAGAUCUUUGUCGGUGGUAUUGACCCAAUGGUCAACGAAAAGGAGUUUAACGAUUUCUUCUCUCAGUUCGGUAGCAUUAUUGAUGCCCAAUUGAUGAUCGACAAAGACACCGGAAGAUCUAGGGGUUUUGGUUUCAUCACCUACGACUCGCCAGAUGCAGUUGACAGGGUCACCGUCAACAAGUACUUGACAUUGAAGGGAAAGGCUAUGGAAGUUAAGAGAGCUGAACCAAGAGGCCAGCAUCAACAGAAUCAGGCGCCACCACCUCCACAAACCAAUCAGUACAACAACUAUGCGGCUGCUUACAACCCGUAUGGACAGGGCCAGUAUCCCCAACAACAACAGCAAAUGGCUGCAUACGGCCAAGCUAUGAAUAUGACCCCAGAAAUGAUGCAAGAAUAUUGGCAAAGAAUGCAACAAUGGUACAUGUACCAGCAACAGGUUGCCCAAGGACAACAGCCAGGUGCUAUUGAUGGAGCAGAGGGUCAAGACCAACAGGAACAACCUUUGAACCCUCAACAACAAGCAUCUGAAGAAAGAAACGACUAUGGCAACCAGCCCAGAGGCGAUUCAAUCCAUGAAUCCAGACAGUCUAACUUUCCAAGACCCCCAAGUGGCCCAAGCGGAAACGGGAAUCAAAGAGGUAAUGCUAGAGAUGGCUAUGAUAACCCCCACAGAGACGGUAGAAGAAACAACUUGCCCAAGGGACCAAGAAGAGCACCUCCAUCUGGUCCAUCUGGAGGCAACGGUAACGGUAAUGGUAACGGAAACAGAAGACACAGAAGAGGUGGGAGAGACAGAGGAGACAGAGGAUACCAUCCAUACAGCAGAGGUGGAGGUGGAGGUGGAAGAAGAGAUCGCCAAUAAAACUAAAUAAUGAAUAAAAUUCCUGGUCGAUGACAGUAUGUAGAUUCUACAUGGCCUUUCAAUGCGGCUAUGAGAAGAUGUUCCCAAAAAUAGUAAGCAGUUUGUAUAUACAUAAUCACGAGUUGUAACGGCUCCUGUGCUUUAGAAGGUAUCUCGCUUUCGGGUGUAUUGAAGCAUGGAAAUUAUAACAGUUAAGCUUUGAUACAUAUUUAUUUUCAAGAAUUGAAUACUGUCAUGAAUUGAACAUGAAAAUAAUCUUGGUCAGAUUGCAUAAUAAUAAAUUUGAAUUGUAUGUAGAAAAGAACAAGGAAUAGGUCAUUAUCCAAG